AUGGAUGAAACAGAGGUUCAUCUCAUGGCUAACGGCCAACAAGAUCCCGAUCUCGUUCUGACCCAAGCUCGGUUCCUUGACAGACUUCCCGCUGACCAGAGAGGACCUUUGCACGGUCUUGCCAUCGGAAUCAAGGAUAUCAUGGACACGAAAGACAUGCCUACAGAGUAUGGCUCUCGCAUCUACGACAGACACCAGCCAAGUUUCGACUCCCAUGCUGUCGCGACUCUUAGAGCAGCUGGCGCACUUAUCUUUGACAAGACGACGACGACUGAAUUCGCGGUAGCAAACUACGGACCCUGGACGGCGAAUCCCCAUGACCCGAAGCACACUCCCGGCGGCUCCUCAAGUGGUUCAGCAGCAACCGUAGCAGAUUUCCAAGUCCCCCUAAGCCUCGGCUCACAAACUGGGGGCAGUGUCAUUCGCCCUGCAUCUUACACCGACGUGUUUGCCCUGAAACCGACCUUUGGUGCCAUUUCGACUGAAGGGCAGAAGCCCUGCGCGCCAAACUUUGACACAAUUGGGUUCUUUGCACGUAGCAUUGAUGAUCUGCAGUUACUAGCCGAUGUCUUUGGUCUCAAGGAUGAUGAUACCCCUAAAGAUAUACCACUUGACCAAAUUUCUGUCGCCGUGAUCAGGACACCGUUCUGGUCCUCAGGUGGAGCCAGUACGCACAACACCAUGAAUAUUUCCAUCAACGUCCUUGAGAGAAACGGUAUCAAAGUCGAAGACGUGUCCUUCCCAGCAGAAGUCUCAGACCCCGAGGUGCUGGGAAGAGUCCAAGAUAUCAUCAUUCAGAGCGAAGCACGCGUGUCGCUAUUACCAGAGUAUCGCCUUAACAAAGCAAAAUUGGGGUAUGAAGUCCGUGAUAUUGUCGAAAACAAGCCAAACAUCACUCAAGAAGAAUUGAGGGAUGCAUAUGAUUUGCACGCCAAAAUGAGGACUAUCGUCAAUGAACUGGCUCAGAAAUGCGACGUCAUGCUCGCACCGAGUGCCGUAGACGAUGCACCCGUUGGUCUGGAUGACAUGGGAAGUCCGAUCUUCAAUACUCUUUGGACAGGAUUUCAUAUGCCAGUCAUAAACAUACCCUCGUCUUUCGGCCCAUGGGGUAUGCCUGUUGGUGUAUCACUCGUUGCUCCAAGAUUCCAUGACCAGCAGUUAUUGCAGACGGCGAAGGCGAUUGGAGAGGUAUUGAUGGCCGAUGGUAUAGGUAGGAGACGAGAUGCGGAAGGAUUCUGGAACACGAAUUGGUAG